CUUUCCACCAAAAUUUUUUCACGUCUGAAUCAUCGGCACAAUCGAAAUUGCCAAAAAUUAUCAAAUUAUUGAUUGCACUCUUUAAAUCAAUCUUUAUAAACCAAGAAAGUCGAUCCUAUGUUUUGAAAAAUAUCUCUAAGUAGUUCCAGUUAAAAGCCAUUCAGAACCAUGGCCGACGAUGAGAGAAAGCGCAUCGAGGAUGAAAAGAAGAGAAAGCAGGCGGAGACCGACAGAAAAAGGGCGGAGGUCCGCGCCCGUCUUGAGGAGGCCUCAAAGGCGAAAAAGGCCAAGAAAGGGUUCAUGACACCUGACAGAAAAAAGAAGCUCAGGUUGUUGCUGCGUAAGAAAGCAGCUGAGGAAUUAAAGAAGGAGCAAGAGAGGAAAGCAGCCGAAAGGAGGCGCAUUAUUGAAGAAAGAUGUGGGAAGCCGAAGAACAUUGACGACGCUAACGAAGAGAAUGUCAAGCGUGUCUUGCGCGAAUAUCACACAAGGAUCGCAGCUCUGGAGGAUAAAAAGUUCGACAUCGAAUAUCUAGUCAAGAAAAAGGACUAUGAGAUUUCGGAUUUGAACAGCCAAGUCAACGACCUCCGAGGUAAAUUCAUGAAGCCAACCCUGAAGAAGGUUUCAAAAUACGAAAACAAGUUCGCCAAACUACAAAAGAAGGCAGCAGAGUUCAACUUCCGUAAUCAACUCAAGCAGGUUAAGAAGAAGGAAUUCACCCUCGAGGAGGAAGACAAGGAGAACGCAUCAAAAGAUAAGAAGAAACCUGACUGGUCGAAGAAGGGUGACGAAAAGAAGACGGAGCCACCACCUUCAGUGGAACCACCGACACCAACGCCUCCAGUAGAACCCACACCCACACCAUCGCCAGCACCACCAGAGCCGACGCCAACGCCAUCACCAGCUCCGACCCCCACCCCUGAACCAAGGGCUGCACCACCGCCUGAACCAACACCAACACCUACGCCUGAACCUCCAGAAGUCUCACCAGGAGAUGCGGCUCCACCAGCAGAAGGAGAGAAACCAGCUGAAGGAGCGCCACCUGCAGACGGAGCGCCACCUGCAGACGGUGCACCACCAGCUGAAGGAGCACCGCCAGCUGAAGGAGCACCACCAGCUGAAGGAGCACCACCAGGUGAAGGAGCACCAACAGCUGACGGAGCACCUCCCGCAGAAGGAGCACCAGCAGCAGAAGGUGCACCACCAGCGGAAGGUGCGGCCCCGUCAGAGGGAGCAGCACCUCCAACGGAAGGAGCUCCUGCGGAAGGAGCAGCACCCGCAGCUGAAGCCCCACCCGCAGAAGCUACACCAGCGCCACCUGCAGAGGUUCCUGAAGCACCCCCUGCAGAACCUGCACCUGUUCAAGAGCCAACGUCGUAACUCUUUGCGCAAGAUUGAUGGUGGACACGUCCGUGAACUUCCGCCCGUUGACUUCGCAAUUCUGCCUAUAUAUACUAGCGAACAUAAAGUGUACGGAAGCAACGAAUACAUCACA